UGGCAGCAACGUAUCUGUUGGUUGAGUUACCCGUGUGGCACAACUUACUUGUUUUUACUCGUAGCUUAAGCUUUUGAAAAGCUUAUAAAGUUAUAUAUAUAUUCAUGUUUUCAUACGAGUGAAGUGGUCUUUGACUCUCAGAAUGGACGGGAAAGUCAUUGGUACGGGUCCAUACAGGGCGACCAAGCUGUGGAAUGAAACCAUUAAACUCUUCCGGGGAGGCAUGCCGCUGAGAAGGCACUGGGCAAACUUCCGCUACUAUGAUUGCAGUUUCACAGGAUCCGAGGCCGUGGAUUAUCUGCAUGAGCUGCUGAGGCGCAACUACAACUUUGGGCCUGAGGUGACUCGCUACCAGACCCUGCAGCUGCUCAGGAAGUUCCUCAAGGCCCAUGUCAUUGAAGACAUCAAGGGACGCCAUGGGACAGAGGACUUUGAAGACAAUGGCCAUCUGUACAGGUUCCCCCCAAUGUCUCCCCUGAAGUCUUUUCCGACAAGACCUGUGUUGAGAGACAGCAGUGACCUUCCCAGACUCAUUCGCUGGGAUGACUACGAAGAAUUGCCUCAGCGGGAAAACAUUGCACCCCCGAAGUCGGCGGUCAUGACCUCAGAUUUGUGGAAUAAAAGACACAGUGUAGCUAUUGGGGAUGUGCAUGAAUGCAAGCUCAUACGAAGGAAAGAGAUCACUCCAAAACAAGUGGACCACAUCUGGAAAUCAAUGACGGUUGCACAUUUACAGAGAGCGUUGGGACUGAGGUCAUUGGAUGGAGUUUUAAACCCAACACAUGUGAACGGCAAGCACAUUGUUCACAAUGUAUUCAGUGUUAAUAAGACGGGAAUAGUCAUAUUGGAGAACAAAGCCGAGGACAUGCCAUAUUGGGUGGUAUCAGCGAUGAAAUGCCUUGCCAAUUGGCCCAAUGGCAAUGAAAGCAAACAGCCAGUGUACCCGGGUUUUGAGAGGGAUGUUCUGAGGACGGUAGCGGAUUACUUUCAGAGGCUCAAAGAACCCCUGCUGACUUUCCAUCUAUAUGAAGUGUUUGUCAACAUUCUCAGUCUGCUGCAGGAGCAGGAGGUAGCCACUGAGGCUCUUCAAGUCAGCUGUCUCCUACUGCCGCCGCCCAACCGAAGACGCCUCCAACUGUUACUGCGUCUCAUGGCCCGAGUCUGCCAGAAUCCCAACCUGCCUGCACUCAAUGACACCAUUGCUACCCGCACACUGAUGGUGCAGACAUUCUCCCAAUGCGUUCUGGGCUCAGUGGAUGAGAUGGACUUGGAUGAACUGCUUGCCACCAAACUGGUGACGUUCAUGAUGGAGCACCACAACACCAUCUUCCAAGUUCCUUCCAAACUGCGUUACCAGGUCGAGGAGCACCUGUCCCACCUCAAAAGAGUUCAAAUCAAAUAUGCAGGGUCAGAUUCAGACUUCAGUGCGUCUCCAGCUUUCUGUAAACAGAUCAGCAGGAUUGACUCUGAGGAGCAGAAGGUGAUAGGAACCCAGACCCCCCUGCAGGCGCUGCUGGAAGGCCUGAUUGCAGACAAGGAACUUCCUGCUAAGGACAAGAGGAAAAGGCUUAAACAGUUCCAGAGGUCGUACCCAGACGUAUACCACAAUCGAUUUCCCACUGAGGAAAGCAAAGCUGCUGUCAUACCUGAGAAAACCCCACGACUCAAACCUCAUCUCAUGUUCUUCAACCUCAAGAAGCCCUCCUUCCAGCCCUUUCAGAGGAGCUGGAGUUUUAGGGCAUGAGCUGUCACCACUGACACAUCUACACUUCAGGCUGUAAACGCAUCUCAACCUCAGCUUCAUGUGACAAGGAGCAAUGUGGCUGGAAUGAUGCUCUGACCACAAGUCUGGUCUCACACAGUAACCACUUCCAUAAAUGGUUAAAAUGAUCACUUGGAUUUUGUAGCACUGUUAAACUAGGGUAAUAUUGUAAAGGGUCAGUUAAUACAAAUACACACAUAAUAAUGAUAAUAGUAGGACAUUGUCACUGACUCUGACUCUUGCUAGUUGGUUUAGUUGCAAGUCAUAGGCAACUAUUUUCACUGCAAAUAAUAAUUGUGGAUGGUUGAAUUGGCACUUUUAAAAAAUACAACCAAAUACAUUUUAUUGUUUUGCUUGGAAACAAAGUACAAGAAAACAAUGAUGCACUAACACUAAAAGAACCACUGGUGUUUCUUAAUAUGAAAAGUUGUUUAAAAGUUGUGUAAUGGUACAUUUUUCUACUAAGAUACUAUAUGUUAGAAAGGUUUAAUAAGCAGGGAUGGCUUUGACUGACAUUGCCCUUUCUGUAGCUAAACUGAAUGAGAUGCAUUCAAGUAUUAUUCGGUAAAUAAUGUGUUAACAUUAAAGGUUGUUUAAAGUUAAUGAUCAAAGUGCAUCAUACUCUUUAAAAUCAUUUUCAAUUUAGCUUUGUACUGUAAGGGACAUUUCGAUGUAUUUCUUAGUAUUCAUUUGCCUUCAAACAGAUUGUUAUUUCAUGAGAUUGACUCUUUCAAUGCAAAGAUGCAUUUCCUUUUUCAUUGAUACUGUUUGCUGGACUGAUCAUUAUGAUGCUGAAUCUAGGCAAUGCAGAGCCGAAUCUUAAAUAUAUAUAUUUUUGUCUUAAUGUCAAUUUACAUAUCAAGGGUUUGCUUAGACAGGAAGUGUAUGUGAUGUGUAACAUAACCGAGAGUGAGAGAGAACAGGGUGAAAAUUGUACAUUACAUUUGCUAUAAAAAGUUCACAAGUACUUUUAAUAUCUCAGAAAAAAGAAAAAAAAGGCAAAGCAAAGAUUUCACUUGCUUCAAACCUUCCUUUCUCUGUGAGCCGUCCUUACACUUUACUGUACAUGCACUCAUUUCAUGUUUUUACUCGUUAGUUUUAUUCUGUAUAUAAGAACUCUUCUUGAAUGGUACAUAUUUCAAUGUCUCAAAUGCUCUUCUCUCACUGUUUUUAAUGUAUUUUGUCAUUUCUUUCAAUCAACUGCUGUUCCUUCAUGUCAAUCAGGUUGUUUUUUACUUAAUUUCAGAUUUACAUUUUUUAUUUUUUAUAAUGAUCAAGUACUGAUAUUCCUAUAUGGAUUUUUAUAAAUGCUAUUGAACAAAUGUAAUAAUGCUGGAAUAACUGUUACACUUGAAUUGCUGCUCUGUGCUGGAAAACAUUCAAUAGGAUAAAAGUGAAUUAACGUUUAUGCUGAUUCCCCUAUAAAAUUUCUAAUUGGCAAA